AUGCUGUGCCAGCCUUGCCAAUACGUAUUGGGCGAGAUUCAGAAAAAUCCAGAUGGCGGUGGUACAUUUCCCCAUCAUGCCUCAGUCGGUGACUGGGAAAAGGCUGUGGAGCAGAAGUGUCUCCUUUGCCGGCGAUUGGAUCGACAUGAAGUCAAUGCUGAGGCUCAUACAAGCUUGGUUGCGAGGACAAGAUUUGAAGGCGAUGAGCACGAAAUAUCGUUCACCAUUUCGGCCGACACUGAUGACUUCUAUGAGAUCUUUGGCAUUUUCUGGUUGCGUCCCGUCAAGACUGAAGAGGACCGCCUGACGUUUCCAAACUAUGCGCCUACCAACACCGUCGGCUCGCCACCGAGCAUGAGUCUUGCUCGACACUGGAUCAGUGACUGUAACAAGCACCAUUCUAGAUGUAAACGCCCAGGGGUUGCCUCGAAAUCUACUUGGGUCCCAGAGCGGCUCAUCUAUAUCGACGAUGAGAACUCGCGCCUGAGGCUCGUCCGUGGCGCUGACGUGCCAUCUAAUACUUCUUACACAACCUUGUCCCAUCGUUGGGGCCAGGUCAAAGACAAGCUCGUAUUAACCCAGUCGAAUAUCGAGGAGUGGCAUAAACAAUUGCCGUCGCUAGGAAAGUGGAAGACAUUCGUGGAUGCAAUAGAGACCAGCCGGCAACUACAGAUCCCAUAUAUAUGGAUAGACUCACUUUGCAUCAUUCAGGAUUCGAAAGACGACUGGCAACACCAAUGCCCCCAGAUGUGCAACAUAUACAAACGAUCCUAUUGCAACAUUGCAGCUACUUCUGCAAUCGACGAUACCGAGGGUUGCUUCUUUGAGAGAGACGUCGACAUAGACCUCCCAUUGCGGCGCCAACUCUCUCCACGAGUACUCAACUUCACCAAGACACAAAUGUACUGGGAAUGCGACGAGAUGCAGGCCUCAGAAUCACAUCCGUACGGGUUUCCAGAAGAGGCCUGGGCGAAUUUAAAGGGCAAGGCUCUAAAUCCAUUCAGUCUUCUAAAUAUGAAUCUCGAGGAAGAAGAUGCUCUAAUCGACACUGGAGUUAGCCCCUUGGUGAAAAGGGCAUUUGAUGUUUGGGGCAAUGCAGUCUCAGCCUACACUGUUGGUAAUUCGGACCGCAGAUUGACAGAUGGUUCAUCGGAAUUCGCUAAGAACCUGACGAACCCGGCCGACAAGUUGGUAGCCAUCUCGGCUAUUGCGCAUGAGCUUCAGCCCUUCAUGAACUGCCGCUAUCUUGCUGGUCACUGGGAAACUGCCCUCUAG